AUGGCCUUAUUCACCCUUCCCUCAGAGCUACUUGCGAUCAUCACGUCUCUGUCGGACACGGAAACGCUCAAGGCCCUGAGGCUGACAAACCACAUGUUAUGCGCCUCUGCAACGAAGAAUCUGUUCUCCACAGUCUCACUGUUUACGGAGGAUAUAAGUUGUGAGGCUUUCGAGUCCAUCAUAACACAUCCGCAGUUGAAAGAAUACGUGCACAAGAUCCGCCUCAAUACUGUGGAGUUUAUAUCCGACCCCGACACAGAUAACGAUGAGCUUGAACCACCUGUUAAAUGGAAGGAGCUCCUACUUAUGCUUCCAAAUAUUCCGAAUCUCAAAAGCGUUGUUCUGCGCUUCGACAAAUAUGCCGCGAUGGGCGGAGAUAGUUGGUUUUAUCCAUCCCAGUCACUUGAUUACCGAGAAACCAUCUUAGAAUGGCUGGGUACGGGGCUAGUGUCUUUAAAGCGACCGUUGGAAGAACUGGGGAUUCAGCAUCAGCAGAAGGUGACACCAUUGAGCGAGGAUUUACAGCAAGUACUGAGUACGCUGAGUUCGUUGAGACUGAAUGUUGUGCAUGAAUGCGACCCUGCGUGUACUGAAGCGGAACUCGAGAAACAGGAAGUGCGUGAGUUCUACGCACAUACAUUGUCAUCAGUCUGGCUGAAACCCACGAUGGGAUCACUCCGGAAGCUGUCUCUAUACUCCGACCUUUACUGGGGAUUUUAUCCCAAAUUCAGCCUCGAAGGGGUUCACUUUCCAAAUUUGCAAUCGCUCACUCUGGGAAACUUCUCCUUUUUCGAAGACCAGCAGGUUGAUUGGAUUCUCUCGCACUCGUCAACACUCCAUGAACUCUACCUUGACGAUUGUACGAUUUUAUUCCAAGUGAGAUUAUCGAACGUCGAAUACUACAUUGACGAUUGCCCAGUACCGAUAUCCAAAAUGAAAUGGCAAACUAGCAAGCACAGGUGGGGCGAGGCCUGGCACUAUCAUUAUCCACGCCGGUGGAAUGAAUAUUUUGCCUCAUUUGAAACAGGUCUUCCAUAUCUCCGUCGCUUUGCAAUUGGUCACAAUGAAGCAUGGGAUUCAGGGUACAAUGAGUUGCCUUUUGAGAAAGAACUGGACCUUAGGCCGGCAUUGAUGUGUGACCGGUAUAUGAAGUUUGAUAGCGGUACAGGACCUUCUCAUUUUCUUGACCCAAGGGGAGGGGGGGAAGAUAGGGAGGAUUGGCCACAAUGUGAUGACGAAGACCGCGAGGGUUUGAAGGCAUUAUAUCGGAAGAUCAAUCAGCAGGUAGACUGUGGGGAUUUUGAUGUAGGACAUUACGAGGUGAGCGAUUUGGUAGAAAUUCAGUAUUAA